AUGUUCGACCCGGACGGGAGCCAGUCAACCAGCUUCGACUUCCUCCGAAAGCGUAAGAGGACAUCGAGGAGGUCACAGGGUGAAUCUAGCGCCGCCUCUGAUCACACCUCCAUAUCGAGGUCCUCUCUAACAGCUGAAUCGCAUACUGGAACCACCAGAAGGAGCUCUUUUCGUGGUAUUCUGUCUGACCAUUCAAGAACUCGGUCGGCUACACAGUCGCAAUCGACUACGCAGAGUUCAUCGCAAAAUGAAGAUUAUUACCUCCCCAAUCGACCAACCAUCGACAACGAGCUGUGCAAACCACUUAAUUACGUUAUUUGGGCACGGGAUCAAAUGGCCUUUGGGAACAACGAGAUCCUUGCACGGCCUAACCUGGAGCACGAGUUCUACCGUCAGCUCGAGGUAUAUUCCGCAAUGUUGUUGGCAAAACCCCCGCAGACCCUACGUAAAAAGUUGUCGGCGCGUAGUAUAGGCGCAUCUUCAUCUAUAAACAUCCUCGAGUCCGUAUUUGAGCUCAUGCUCGACGUUGAGGCAGGGUUCAGGUUCCUCGGCUCCAACGCCAACCCAUUCUGCCGAUUAUCGCAGAUAUACAUAAACGGAUACACUUUCCUGAGGCCGGUGGAUUUGGCGUCACACAAUUUUGCUCGUAACGACGAAGGAGCGUCGGUUACCAUACGGCAAAACAGGAUCACAGGCAACGUGUUCGCCCACCAGCAGUUAUUGCAGCAUUUCGCAAGGCAAUGCGAGUACCUCCCGUCGAAAUACUCUGGCGACUAUGCGUACAAGCCGCUGCCAAUUAAAUACGAUUAUGUGCCAAACCUGGUGACCAAAGUGCUUCUGCAGCGAGCGAAACGACAGCCAAUCGUCGUUAAGGCCAUUGUCGACGUCCCCGGUGUGGAUCUAUCGCCAUACGAGGGAUAUGUUUUCGAAGAUCUUAAGACAGGAGAGAAAGCCUGGUUGCCGAUUUAUGUGGUGGAACGACUAUCGCAUUUUGGAUUUGUGUCCGUGGACCUCCCGAUCUUCUUGACACGCAGCGCGCUGCGUGCACUGAGAGCUCGAGAAGAGCAAAACCAGUCGCUUGAGAAACUUCCGAAUGACUAUUUCUUCGAAAUAGCCCACCUGUUCACGAGGUGGCACGUAUUCGAAAGGGUGAACGUGCCCAACCUCUCAAACAGGAAUCACGUGUACUGCUACAUCUCCAAGGUGGCGGCAAUAAUAGAAGACAUAAAAUACCAGAGGGUCAAGAAGAUAAGGCUGGCGCUUGAUAAAUUGUCAAUGCAGGAGUCGGUUAUCGUCAUCGCGAACUUGCAGUACUCCGAGACGUACUAUAUCAACCAGUUCCUCUCGGCGUACUGCGACAUGCGUGACAACACCAGCAGAGCCGACCUCCAGCCGAAUAUACAAAUAGGUACGGUUAUUUUGUGA